AUGAACAAAGGGGGAAAGCAGAUUAUGCGAAAGUUGCUAGGUCAAACCACUGUCGACCGGUCUACCGAAAACAACAGCAUAGAAUCACCUCAAUUGCGACCGAGCGCAUCGCAAACCAGUGUUCACUCUGCCGGAGCAUCAAUUGCCUGUCUCGAUAGGUCGCCAGACGGGCAGCGAGCGGUAAUCGCUGGCUCAAAACUCUUCAAGAUUCUCAAGGUGGAUGGCGCCACGAUCAAGGAAGAAUUAGACCUCAGAGCUAUCAUCUCCUCAUAUGCGAAUAACCACGAUCCAUCCGCCGCGACCCCAGAACAACUGACCAUAAAAGCGGUAAAGUGGUCGCAUAGUGCCCUAGAUUCAACCAUCGUCACAGCUUGCGGAAAUGGACGCAUGACCGUAUACGAUCUUAAUCAUGGCGGAGAUGGAUUUGAAAUUGGGAGGAUAAACGAACACAACCGGCAGGUUCACAAAUUGGAUAUCAGUCCAUACAAGGAGAAUUGGCUUCUUUCAGCAAGCCAGGACGGAACUGUCAGGGUAUAUGACUUGAGGACACCUCGGGGUACGAGGGGUGGCAAUGGCGCUUCUUUCUUUCGAACAUGGCAUAUGUUCAAGUGCAAUGCAGAAUCGGUUCGAGACGUCAAAUGGUCACCGACUGAUGGCUUUGAAUUCGCUUGCUGUACGGAAGCCGGGCAAGUUCAGAAAUGGGAUAUUCGAAAGCCUGGGGCACCAGUAUUGAAGAUUGCGGCGCAUCAGAAGUGCUCCUCUAUUGACUGGCAUCCGGACGGGAAGCAUCUCGUCAGCGGAGGCAAUGAUCAGUUCUGUCACGUAUGGGAUUUGUCCAAAUCUGCAGAUAGGAACCAAAAGCCGAGAUACAGCUUUGCCACUCCAGCUCCAGUUUCCACCGUUUCCUGGAGGCCCGCAACAUGGUCAGCCACUGCGCAAGGUCUCCGAGCUGCCCAAAUAACAGUUUCCUAUGAUGAUACUACUAUAAGCAAAACCCAAAAUUCUCGAGUUCAUAUCUGGGAUCUUGCUAGGCCAUCUAUGCCAUUCAAGGAGAUUGAGCAAUGGGAUACCGCUCCUACUGGCGUGGUGUGGAACACGCGUGAUCUUCUUUGGGCCGUUGAUCGGGAAGGACGAUUUUCUCAGACAGAUGUUGCAUUCAGCCCUAAAGUGAUUGAGAGAAAGAGUCUCUCCACCUUUGCAUUCUCCCCAACAGGAGAUACCUUGAUGUUCCUCGAGGAACGACAAGUUUAUCGACGGCGAUCGCGUCCCUUGCUCCCGUCUCCAGAUGUAUUACCUUCUUUCCAGCACAGCAAUAAUGGCCCUUUGUUGAGUGUUAGUAGGAGUGAUUCGGAAGAGGACGUUGUUGGAAGCUUUCUCGGCCCUACAAAGGCAAGGAGACAUCGAAGGCGCCGUAGUGGGCAGUCAAACCAAUCAUUCAGUUCAACUCCUCCUACAUCCACUGGGGCGACAAACAAACCCGAAAUCAUGCCGCUAGAUGAUGGCGUCAAAGUUACUGGAGUCUACAAACCACAACAGGUCAUAGCUAUAGGUCGCGCUCCUUCGACAGCGAAACGAGCAACGCACCAAUACUUCACUAACAAGUAUUUGACACAGCUUUGGAGGUUUUCCGCAAUGGAAACGGGAGUCGUAGCAACAAAUGAAAAGAUAAAGAUUGUCACCGAGGAAUUUGCCAAGACAGCCGAGAUGAUUGGUCAUUACCGUCUGGCUCAAACAUGGCGCAUUCUAGGAUACACAAUGAAUCUCCUUCUCACGAGACGUGCUGAACAUCAUCGACAAAACAGGUUAAAACCACCGGAGCCUACCCCGAAGAAGGACAUGUGGAAGGAGCAGCUUGCUGCUUUUGAUGCCAGGAAUUCUACUAGACACGGCUCCGAGACGCCUCGCCGGCGUCAGAGAGGAGAUCGCACUCCUCGCAGGCAGGAUCAUGCUUCAACUCCCCUUGAUAGCCCGCGGAAUCGUAGUCCACGGAGUUAUAGCCGCAAUCAUAGCCCUCGACAUCAUAAAGCAACGACAAUCAUCCAUGACGAGAUGGAAAGUACCUCGAAUGUUGCUACACCACUUGUACGUCCUGUUCGGGACCACGUAGCAGCUCCUAUUAGAGAAGCUAUGCAUACUCCAAUCAACAUAGAUGACGACAAGUUAGAUUUGGCCGGUAAAACUUCCGCGGCGACGCCUAGCCCCAUUCCAGUUCCUGGAGCGUUUAGCAAGGAGUCAAGCGUUUCACCUAGUAUCGAUGGAUAUGACUUCUACGGGAUUGACUCGCUUUCCCCGGUGGUAGACUUCCACGUGCCUCAACGAAAGCAGCCUCUCAGACUCGAUUAUGCAAAUGAUACUCAGCAGAUUAUCCAACCUGGCCUCCAGCGUCAUGAUUCGGGAGAAAGCUUUCAAAUGUUUUCUACGUCCAACGAAUCACAGCAGACGAAAUUUUUGAGCUCCUCCGUCAGCGAUAGGGAUACCUCUCUCAGAGAUCGUGUUCAUAGUUGGGAGAGUAGUCUACCAAACCACCCAAGAGUUCGCUUAAAUUCAGAAGCACUUACGGAUAGCUCAGUUGAACCGGUGGAAGGCAGUUCUGGAGCCAACAGUAGUGUUGAGCAGAGUGCCUUCCCUUAUGAAUCACUGACACGUCCAAAAAUUCGAGUACAAGAACCUUCUAUGCAGUCAAACACGCACACUCUUGCGCUGGGGCCAAUCGAAGAGACAGCGCAAAGCCCGACUGCAACAGAUAAACCCAUCGAGAACCCCAACAUCAUUGAAAGGGACUUCCUACCUCAAGCCGGCGAUCCCAGUUUUACCAUAAGCCCAAUUGAUGCUGCCACUCUCGUGCAGCGGUCGAUCGAUUUUGAAACGCAAAGUGGUUCGCUGCACGCGUCAAUAAUGGUUUUGUUGUUUCGGUCUCUUCUCCCAGCUUCAGCAAUCGACUCUACACGUGCGAAUGCAAUCAUUGGUCAAUAUCAUUAUCGGCUUACCACUUUUCAACUUCACCUUGAGGCUGCACUUCUCCGAAAUCUCUCCACGCCUGUCUACCCUUCAGUAUUUUCUGUAGCCCAAGAAAAUAUUAACUGCGGGUUCUUUUGCACGAGCUGUCAGAAGCCUAUUGAGAAUGACCCCCUGAUACCAAACUCUGUGUGGCGAUGCACCCGAUGUGAAAGAGCCACUGAACCUUGUGCAAUCUGUCAUCAUCGCGAGCUGGACUCUUCGCUAGAUUUCGAGACACUAGACGUCCCUGUUCCUACCUCUACAUGGUGGUAUUGUCCUGGAUGUGGUCAUGGUGGGCAUACAGCAUGCAUGUCUGCAUGGCACGGUAUUUCCACUCCAUCUGAGCACUCCAAGGGAUGUUGCCCGCUGGAAGGUUGUCUGCACCCGUGUCUGCCGGGCGAAUGGCGCACACAACGUGCUGAAGAGAAAAAGACGCUGAAAGAUCGAGAGAUGGCCAACCUCGUACGCGAGAACUCAAGGAUGGGGUCGAGGGGUGCCGCAGCCAUGGGGAGAGGUGUUCGGCGGGAUGGAAGAGAAGUCGCCCAGAGUAAGGCUGUUGAGGGCGUUCGCGUUGCGUUGGGUAUGGCAGCUGGGGAGCGGGGUUUGGAAAGAAAGAAGAGUGUUAAGUUGGUUGCUCCUGGGGAGGAGGGCGUAUAA